CCACGCCCCACACGGGCUAAGCAGCGGGCUAAGCUCCACCCACCCGCACCGGUAACGACUUCCGGUUCCGGAACGUCCCGCUGUGACCGGGAGCUAGCGGCGACCGCCAUGGCGAACCACCUCCGCUUCCUGGGCCGCACGGUCAUGGUCCAGAACGGCAACGUGGACGCGGCCUACGGGGCUCUCAACAGGAUCCUCUUGCAAGACGGGCUGGUGGAGGCGGUGCGGCGGGCCCGGUACUACGAGAAGCCGUGCCGGCGGCGGCAGCGCCUGGCCUACGAGGCGUGCCGGCGGGUCUACAACGCCGAGAUGGGGCGGAAGAUCAGCUUCCUGGCGCGGAGCAACCGGCAGGACCCCUGGCUGGGCUGCUAGCGGGGAGCGCACCCCGCCACAAUAAAGGCCGCCCCAUCCCCUUA